UCAUCAUGUUACGUCGGUUGUAAAUGCCAUCAGGAGGAAAACAUGUGACUCGGCUGAAAAUCAUGUGACGUGGGAUGGAAAUCAUGUGACGUCGGUUGGAAAUCAUGUGACGUCGGAUUGAAAUCAUGUGACGUCGGUUGGAAAUCAUGUGACGUCGAAUGGAAAUCAUGUGACGUUGGUUAAAAUCAUGUAACGUCGGAUGGAAAUCAUGUGACGUCGGUUGAAAAUCAUGUGACGUCGGAUGGAAAUCACAUAGCAAAGCAAACAAAAAUAAUUACAAAACAAAAAAACAAUACAGGCCCUUCCAUUACACAGCAGUUUAAGCAUAGACCUGAACAUAAUUGUUUAGUCCCACUUGAUUUACGUUUUCCCCUGGUGAAAGAAUUGUCGAUGUAAAUUUAUUUUAAAAUAAUAUAAGUUAUUAAUGCUACAAAGGAAAAAAGAAAAAAAAAGAAUGGAGGACAAUUGAAUUUUAUUAUUCUGUAUAAAUACCCAAUUUGGUCUUCCCUAUCUGUCCAUUACGUCAGCUAUUGAUGAUACCAUGGUUACGUUUAAUUCGCGUAUUUACGGUAAUUACGAGCAAGCGGCAGAAUUACGUCAUAUUUUCUACUGUUGAAGUCAUCUUGACAAGUUACCGUAUUUGUUUGUAUAAUUAAUAAUAAUCUACUGUAGAACUUUCAAUCUGAGGCCAGUCUGGUUUCCCGUGGGAAAGUUCCACGGGGUUUCCCGGCGUUGUUUCCCCUUAUCAGUGGUGCGAGACGGAAGUCCAAACAGGGACGAUUGUGUAGUUCUUUGGAUGGGACGACAAACCCACGUGUACACGUGGAUGUAUGUUUAAAAGAACCAUUGGCAGUUGGAAGUCACUGCCCGGGCAAAAAUUCCCCCGUAGUACACAGCAAAUUGUACACCCGUCUUUAUUAGCCCGAUUAGAUUUUAAAACAUCGGGCGUUAUAGCCCAUUUCAUCACAUUUUAACCCCGUGUUCGAAUCCCUGUGUUGGUCGAGAAUAGUCUGUGGAGUUAUCACCCUUGAUUCUCAUUUGUCACCCAGUCGGUUCUGGUGGUGUGUUAAACUAUAAAAACAACUCCAUCUAUCCUGGUGUGAGCAUCAUUCUCGUCCCCAAGAAAACCAAACGUCACUCUCAAUACGUUUCAAUCGAAUAUUAAAGGGGAAAUUCAACCAUUUUCAUCAUCAAGGUUUCCAUAAAUCUUAGAUAUAUCUUCAGAUCCCCUUUGUAUUUUUUUUCUCGAUUACAGAAAUUGUUUAUUAUGUGUUACUCAGAGGAUUAUUUCUGCUUACAUAUUUCAAAUUUAUGGAAACCUGGUUGAAAAUCGUUGUUCGUCCCCUUUAAGUUUGCACAAGAUGUUAGUAGGACAAUGUUUGUCGAAUUCUAGCCACAAUGGGGAAGACUAAGAUAAUUACUAUUUUAAAUAAUUAAUUGUAAAUACUAUUUAUUGUAUAUUAUUAAAUGAUGUAUUAUAUUGUGACAAAACCAACAACAGUCUAUAUAGAUAAGUAUGACAUUGUCCCUAAAAUCUUAGAAUUAUCUUCAAAGUCCAAACAAAAACAUUAAAGUAGGCAUUGAUGUUCGUUCGCAACAGACUGUAACUCCCUAUGUUAUGACACGCGACACAAACUAGGUCAUUUCUGGACUAUUAUAUCGUUCAAUUUUAUUUCAAUAAUUCGCAUGCGCGUAGGGGUCUUUAGCAGUGGGAGGAAACCGUAGGACCCGGAGAAAACCCAGAAGGUUGACAGGCGAUCCUCCUCCUUGUCACGUCGGGCGGGGAAUGGAAGCCACGCCAAUUGACUCAACGCCAGGCCUUAUGAUACAGCGCGCACGUACUAACCAUUCGCCUCCCCCCCACGAGGUUGGACAGGCGACCUUACUCCUUGUCACGUACAAUCGGGGAAUCGAAACCACACCACUUGACUCAAGGACAGGCCUUGUAACUUGUAGACUGUUGUAAGUAUUUAGCACAUGUUUUAUCGAUGUAUAUAUAUAUAUAUAUUAUAUUGAAGGUAUUUUAUCUUUAUAUUAUAAUAAUAUAGAAGGAUUUAUAUUGAAUAAUUGGUUUGAAAAGCUUCUGAAUUGUUCAUGGAUUUUAUUGUUUAUAUUAUAUAUAUAUAUAUAUAGUACUUAUGUUGAUGAAGACGAAGAUGAUGAAGAUGGUGAUGAUGAUGAUAGAUUUAUUUCUUGUUUUAAUUUUGAAUUUUAAUUGGCUAUAAAAUCAAAUUAUUAAUUGCUAAAAGUUUUUUUUAAAAAUCUUCAACGACUUUUUUAAUUCGUUUUUCCCCUUUAUUUCAUGUUGGAGAACCACAGUGGCUAAGUGGGUAGGACGCUGGCACGCUAGCUUUGAGGUCGCGUGUCCGAUCCCUGCAUUGGCCGCCAAAGUUCCUCCCUUUGUCAGUGGUGCAGGACGGAGGGCCUGACUAGGACAGCUGUCUAGUCUUUUGGAUUGGACGAAAAACCGAGGUCCGUACACAUUGGCGCGCACGUAAAUGAUCCCUUGGUAGAUGGAAUUCGAUAUAAAAGUGGGUCACAGUGCUGCUUCCAGGGUAAAAUUUCCCUCAUAGCACAAUGUAUGGCGUAUGCCCGUCUUCAUUAGCCCAGUCGGAGCAGAACAGUAGGACGGUAACCCCCAUUUAAUAUCAUUUUAUUUCAUGUCGUCGGACCACGAGGAGUUGGGUGGGCGGAGUGGUUUUACGCAUGCGCUAAAAUGUGACCUGGUCGGCCAGGUCUAAAGAUUAUGGCUAACUGCAGAUUUCAUCAAGGUCGGAAGAUGUAAGUAGGGUUAAAGUACAUGAUUGUUGACGAGAUUGUGGGGUAGGGCCCCGUUUAGUUGGCCCUAAUAUUUAGAGCGCAUUAUUGAAAAAUAUAUAUACAUAAUUUAAUCCCGAUUGGAUAACACCACGUGCGCGUUGUAUCAUAAGGUCUGUCAUUGAGUCAUUCGAUUCCUCGGCUUUACGUGACAAGGAGUAGGGUAGACUGUCCAAUCUCGUGGGUUUUCUCCGGGUCCUCCGCUCCGGUUUCCUCCCUCCUACGUGCAAGCAAAUUAUACAAAUAAAAUUGCAUCAUAUGUUAGUUCCGAAAUGACCUAGUUUGUGUCGAGUGGACGUUAAACCCCAUUUAACUCUCUUUCUUUCUCUGCAUUUCGCGGACAGGUUGGUGAUAUGGGGCUAUUGGAAGUCCCUGUACCAUUCGUUCUAAUGGGGGUCCGUCAGUGAAUCACUCCAGUUCUAAUUCAAUUUAGAGAAGCCACGUGUUAAAUGAAAGACGACAUAUCGAAGUCACAUCAAAUAAACUAACGGAUUUAGCAAGUUUUUUUACUUUCGUUCUAGAAUUUAAGAUUAUUUCUUAAUUUGAUAACACCAUUACAUAUACGCAGUUUUCUCAAAAUAUCGUAGUUGACACGUGACUUGAUUAUCAGGACUACGUUUACUAUGUGAUCUGUCCUUGUGUAGCAAUAUCAUGGUCCAAACACUAGCGUUAUGGUUAGUUAUAUGACAUGGUGGCCAUCUUGGACGCGAUCUUGAAUUAUCUUGUUUGAUCUGUCCCUGUGUAUGGCCCCGGCAUGAUAUUAAUUUCAAACUCGUAUACAAGAUUUAUUAGAUAGGACAUCAUGUAAGGCUAUGGAAAUAGAUGAAUACGUCUCCAAGUUGGCACAUUGGCAGCCCACAACGUCUCAUCUAAUGUCCGCAGCAAACUGUAUCUGUAGUAUCUUUAACUAAACUACUUGUGCAGGUUAGUUUAUCAUGCAGUACCGUGUCUUAUCUUGAUGAUAAUAUCCCAAAAUAAAGAAAUUAAUUUGAAAUUGAAACCAGUUCAUUGACAAAAAGUAAGGAGUGUUCCCUUUUUGAUAAAAUUCACAUUUUACAUGCGAUACCUAUAAGUGAAGAAAUGAAUAAAAGUUAAAAUAAGUUUUUAUCUAAGUGUCCUAUAAAUCAUUACAAGAUAGAUAGUUUAUCUUAAAGAACAGUUGAACAUAUUGAUGUGUAGCUUAUCUUAAAGGACAUUUGAACAUAUUGGUGUGUAUUGUAUCCACCUAAGAUAAAAUUAUAUAUAUAAAUUCAGUAUCUUAGAUUAUUAUCACUAGACACUAGGAGAAGAUAUAUUUAGGGUUUGUGUUUACUUGUGUAUAAAGGUAGGUGUGAUAUUGACGCCCGUGGUUGAAAGGGUGUUAGCAGGAACUGUAUUUCCGUACAUAUGGAACACCCAAGUAAUAAAGUUAAAAGGCAUUUGUUAAGUGUAUUUAAAGGCGCACGAGACAAUAGGAUAUAUUUUUUUCUAAUGCUUUACAUUUAUAUUUAAUUUAAGUCUUUAAUUGUGCCUUGCACAACUGGAAGCGGACUCGAGUUACACCGAGAAUUAGACACACUCUACUGGCAUGCUCCACUGACAUGGGAAUCUUUCCGGCCAAAACCAAGAGGUAGCCAUUUCAGAUAAUUAACGCGUGAUAAAGUAUCGUGCAGGAACGAAUUAUUUUGUAAUGUAAAUGUCUUUUAUGUUUUAGUUGGUUGAGAGUUGAUCGGACAAUCUUGUAGUCAAAAUGGUCGGCAUGAUGUUGUCAUUCCUGGUACUCCUCUGUACUGUGCUGUUUGUUACAUCAGCAAACUUCCCUUUCAAGAAUCCAUCAUUGCCAAUAGAUGAACGAGUGAAUGAUUUGGUUGGUAGACUCACCCUAGAAGAGAUCCAAGAUCAACUGGCUAAAGGAACAGGUGGAGCACCAGCUAUACCAAGAUUAGGUAUAGGUGAGUAUGUCUGGUGGAGCAACUGUGGUCGAGGAGAUGUAGGAGCCGGCAAUGCAACCUCCUUCCCAGAAGCAAUCGGUUUAGCUGCAGCAUUCAGCCCAAACUUGAUAUAUCGAAUUGCAAGCGCCACAGCAAUAGAGACCCGAGCUAAGAAUAAUUAUUUUGUUAAAACUGGGAAGUAUGGUGUACACGAUGGUUUGAGUUGUUUCAGUCCUAUGAUGGAUAUCUAUAGAGAUGCCAGAUGGGGCAGGAAUGAGGGUACUUGGGGUGAAGACACUACACUUGGUGUAGCUUAUGCCAGAGCGUUUGUUAGUGGUAUCCAGGGCAACAACUCUCGAUACUUGUUACUGAGUGCCACUUGUAAACAUUACACUGUUUCUGGUGGACCUGACAGUUAUCCCAUAUCCAGAAUGAAGUUUGAUGCAAAGGUUUCAAUGAGAGAUAUCCAAAUGACAUUUUUACCAGGGUUUAAAGAAUGUAUAAAUGCUGGCAGUGAUGGCGUCGUCUGCGCCUACAACAAAAUAAAUGGUGUACCAGCUUGUGCUAGUAAACUCAUAUUAACAGAUAUUUUACGAACUGACUUGGGUUUUAAAGGCUAUGUUAUUAGUGAUGCUGGAGCUAUAGAAGGAAUGAUCAACAAUCAGAAGUAUUAUAACAAUACAAUAGAUACAGUUGCUGGUAGUUUAAAUGCUGGAUGUAAUAUUAAUGCUGCUGGUGGAAACACUAAAGAUAAUGCUUACUAUUCUAUGCUUGAUGCAAUCAAACAAGGUAAACUCACAGAAUCACUGGUGAGAGAUUUGAUCAGACCAUUAUGGUAUACGAGAAUCAAGCUGGGAGAAUUUGAUCCACCAGAAAUGGUUCCUUAUAAAGCAUUAAACCUGUCAGUUAUUCAAACACCAGCCCACCAAGCUCUGUCAGUUGAAGCAGCCAUGAAAUCUUUCGUUUUGUUGAAGAAUGAAAAUAGUUUUCUGCCGCUGAAAAGAACAACCUAUGACGUUGUAGCUGUUAUAGGACCAAUGACAAAUAAUCCGCACGCACAGACAGGAAACUACGCACCAACGGUCAUGCCUGAAUAUACCACGACACCUAUCGACGGAUUAUCUCCACUUGGUAACACUGUAAGAUCAACACCUGGUUGCCUUGGUGAUAAUAAUUGUUUUGAGUACAAUUCUACCGCAGUAAAAAGGGCUGUCCGUGGUGCUGAUAUAGUCUUUGUAUGUUUGGGAUUAGGAAAUGACGUAGAGAAGGAAGGUCAUGACAGAUGGAACAUAUCAUUUCCGGGUCAUCAACUGGAUAUUUUAAAAGACGCUGUUGCUAACAGUCCACCGAACACACCUAUAGUCUUAAUUAUGUUUAAUGCUGGUGCCGUAGAUCUACGAUGGCCAGAUAGUAACGAUAGAGUUACCUCUAUAUUAGAAGUAUUUUACCCAUCCCAGGCUACAGGUGUCGCUCUAUAUAACGUCAUCACUAUGAAGGCCGGAAGUGAUUCAGUUCCUGCUGGACGUCUUCCGAUUACGUGGCCAAUGAGCGACGAUCAGAUUCCACCAAUCACCAAUUACAGUAUGGAAGGAAGAACAUAUCGAUAUUUAAACACAGAACCACUUUAUCCAUUUGGUUAUGGUUUAUCAUAUACAACAUUUAAAUAUUCUAACUUAACAUUUUCUCAAACCAUACCAGCUGGCUCAGAUUUCACUGGUACUGUUGAUGUCGAAAAUACUGGUACUGUUGAUGCUGAAGAGGUUGUUCAAGUCUAUUUUACGUGGAACCUCCCGACUGUUACAGCACCGAAACGUCAACUGGGGAACUUUUCCCGCGUUUUUAUACCGAGUGGUGCCAGAAUAACUGUUCCGUUUACAAUUAAAGCCGACAUCUUUUCAGUCUGGGUUGACGAUUCUAUCGGCUGGAAGAUCGAAGAUGGAGCUUAUACUUUAUCAGCAGGUGGUCAACAACCCAAUCAAAAACGAUCGAUCAGUUCAAAUGUUCUACAAAGUGGAUUCCAGAUCUUGGGAUCGAAAUAUCUAGGACGAUCGAGGAAUUAACCCAAGGAAUAGAGAGUCUUAAUUAACAUAGAUGUGUUGUUACAUAGGAAGUUUAAAUAUGCAA